CUCUUAUUUUCCGAUUUACUAGAUCCAAAUCAUCAUCUAAUUCACAGAAAUGGCAAAGCAAAAGAUUGUGGUGAAGGUCACAAUGAACACUGAAAAGAAAGCUCGUAAGGCUCUUCAAAUCGCCGUUAGUCUCUUCGGUGUGGAAUCAGCUUCUCUCGUGGGUUCAGAUAAAGACCAGAUAGCAGUGACAGGAGAAGGAAUUGACUCAGUUGAACUGACGACCUUGCUAAGGAAAGGUGUCGGAUACACAGAACUAGUGAGUGUUGGUCCGGUGGAGGAGAAGAAACCAGAUGCCGCAAAGGAAACAAAUCCCACGGUGGCGUCACAAAAUUUCAAUCCGUACCAAUACUACUACGGCAACUAUGGGAUGCCUUACUAUGCAUAUGCAUAUGAGAUUUGAGAUAUUAUUAAAAAUGGAACAGAGUAGAAGAAAUUAGUUUUAUAUUGCUGCAUCAUUAGCAUAAAUUUUCUAUGGG